GAGAACCCGCCAUUUUGAAAACCUUGUUGAUUCCGGGAGGGAGGGAAGAGGGAGAAGGAGAGGUAAAGGGAAAGAAAGAGUGGCUGGCGGCUGUAGGGCUGCGCCGCGGCAGGGCGCGUGUGUGUCGCAGCGCCCGGACCCGUCUCGUCCAGCAGUAACUGCCGCCUUCAGCUGCUGUCGCCGCGCCUGAGGAGGGAGUCGGGGCUCGAGCUGAGAAACAUACACCAUGUCGUCUGUUGAUUCAUCAAAAGAAGAUACAAUGUCAUCAGAAAAAACAGAUGAGAAACAACCUGAAACUGAAAACAAAGCUGAGGAAAGUGAAGAAGAUGAAGAAGAGGAAGAGGAGGAGGAGGAGGAGGAAGAAGAAAAGGAGAAGAGUCUCAUUGUUGAAGGAAAAAGGGAGAAGAAGAAGGUUGACCGACUGACCAUGCAAGUGUCCUCAUUGCAGAAGGAGCCUUUUACAAUUACACCAGGAAAAGGACAAAAACUCUGUGAAAUUGAGAGGAUACAGUUCUUUCUGAGUAAAAAGAAGACAGACGAACUUAGGAACCUGCACAAACUCCUCUACAACAGGCCAGGCACUGUUGCAUCCCUAAAGAAGAAUGUGGGUCAGUUCAGUGGAUUUCCUUUUGAAAAAGGAAGUGACCAAUAUAAAAAGAAGGAAGAAAUGUUAAAAAAAUUUAGAAAUGCAAUGUUGAAAAGUAUCUGUGAAGUUCUUGACUUGGAAAGAUCAGGAGUUAAUAGUGAGCUCGUAACCAGAAUAUUAAACUUCCUAAUGCAUCCAAAAUCUUCAGGCAAGCCAUUGCCAAAGUCCAAAAAACCACAAAGCAAAGGUGGUAAAAAAGAGCGCAGUAGCUCUGGAACAACAAGAAAAGCAAAACGCACCAAGUGCCCAGAGAUCUUGUCAGAUGAAUCCAGUAGUGAAGAAGAUGAAAAAAAGGAAAAGGAUGAGUCUUCAGAAGAAAAAGAAAGUGAAGAUGAGCCCCCUAGAAAAGCAUCGAAAAGAGAAAAGUCUAAGAAGGUGACUUCUAAAGCCAAGAAAGCUGUGAAAGGUGCAAAUGUCAAGAAGGCAGACAGCAGCACUACUAAGAAAAACCAGAACAGUUCUAGAAAAGAAAGCGAGUCUGAGGAUAGUUCAGAUGAUGAACCUUUAAUAAAAAAACUGAAGAAACCACCCACGGAUGAAGAACUGAAAGAAACUGUCAAGAAUUUGUUGGCCAAUGCCAACUUGGAGGAGGUUACAAUGAAACAAAUAUGCAAGGAGGUGUAUGAAAAAUAUCCUAGUUAUGAUCUAUCUGACAGAAAAGACUUCAUUAAAAAAACAGUCAAAGAGUUGAUUUCAUGAUCUGAUUUGACUAUGGGAAAUGAAGAUUCCUGGGUUUAUGUUUCCAUGAAUUUGAAGAUCUGAUAGGCACCAGCAAAAGGAAUGUGUCUUACCCUUGUGGUAUUUAGUCAGAGCUAAUUCUUCUGAUUUAAUGUUAAGAGUGUUAAUGUAAAUUGCUUUGUGUGGUUUUGUUUUGUUUUGUUUUGUUUUUAAACAGAACUGCAUUUGAUGCAAAUUUUAGUUGAACAUACUUAAGUUUCAUGCAUGGCAAUAAAUGUUCCCUUUUUUAUAGUUUUGUACAUUUUGAAUUGUGUUGUGUAACUAGAUUGAUUAGAGCCAUUGUAGCUUUUUAGUGUGGAUUACCGUCAUACAGGAGAUUUUAAAAUCGACUAAGAUGAAAGCUGCUUAUCUACACAUAAACAUGCAGAGACUGGAAUAUUGCAGUAUUGGUUACAAAGAUAUUUUGAAUACAUAUUAAUUCUGACAAUGAGAAGAGUUACAUAUUAAUCUCGUUUAUAUUCUGAUACAGUCUACAGAAACAGAUUUACUCUGAAUCUAGAUUACAGUCUUGCAUGUGUAGGCACUGAAAGAACUAUAACAGCAUGGUAACUAAUUGGCAUAUAGAUGUUAUUUUUGUACUUUUAAAAGGCUUUUUGUUGUGUAUAUAAAGUUAUUUCAAAUUUCUUUUGUGCAAAUCAGUUUUUUAAUCUUGAUAUCUUUGAAUUUAUGACAUGAAAUGUCAGUGUGAGGCAGUGAUAACAAUGAUGUGCAGAAGUUUCAUGAAAAUGAGCUGAGGUUUCAUCAUUUGUUUCAUUCUUACCUUGUACAGAAACUAAACUGUAGCUUUAUACCUGUAGUUUAACUUUAUACAAAGACUACAGACAUUGUUUCAAUGUCUUGGAUGUAGUAAAUAAAAUCCCUCUAAAGGCAAUAGGAAAAUUUCUAAAGUUCACUUUGCAAAAUAUCUUCUAUCUUGGUGUCUUGACCUGAUGGCCUAGCAUCUCAGAAGUAGGUAUCCAAGAUAUACAGCUGGAGGCUUGGUAGCUUAGGAAAUCCACAGUAGGACUUCCAAAUCAAGCAGCACUGAUGUGAAUGUGUGUUUAACCUCUCUUCGGUGUGGGAAGGCUUUUCUGAACCUGAACUUCGUUUCCUCAGCAUGGCCAAUGGUACUUUUAAGCCUGCAGUCUUGAAGUUUGGCUAGCAGCUUGUAGGUCAAAGCAAACUCUUUGCAUACAUUUUUCUUUGGAUUUUCUCCAUAUUCCUUGUUUCUAAUAUGGGAAGUCCUACGCUUAAAAUCAUGAAACUAAGAGCUGCCCAAGUGUGGGCUGCCAUUCACACCAUGAGCACAGAAUCCCUCUGACUAGUAUUGCAGAAAGACAAGGCGUAUUUUUUUGGAUUUUAUUAUUGUACAGUUGAGAAGUAAGGGUUCAUAAACUAUCUAAAUUCUGAAAAUGUUCAGCCAGUUAGACUGUUGAUCUUACACACACGCUUUUGAAUUUCUUUGUGUGUAAUCAUUUGUAAUAAGGCCGAAUGUAAUGGGGAUUUUUUUGUAUUCAAUAAAUGUCUUUCAUAAAAAUGUAAAUCAGUUUUAAUCUAACAUUUGCAUACAUGUAUAGUAAAAAACAAACAAACAUAUAGAG